UCUCUCCUGCUGCACAUUGCAAGCAUCGAGCAUCACUCAUCAAGUUGGACAAUCGCCCUUACAGACUUGCUGAAUUUUGAUUGUGAUUCCGAUUGAAGCUGUUUCAGAGUUUUCAUCUGCACUUACUUCCACGGAUAGCCUGGUCGGAGCAUCGCCAAGUGACUCGCAGAGAUGGCGGCCUCGAGCUUGUUGAGCACGAGUUGCGUGCAGACGGUGGCUGGACUCCCGUCGUUGGGACGUGCGGGACUGAAGAGCAGGGCGAGUGGUUCAUUGCUCGGAGCUCCGAGGUUCAACUCUCAGCUUGGGCGGCGAAGCUUGGUUGUGCGUGCCAAGCAGGAGACUCCUCUGCCCGGAACGAAGCGUGAGCCAGAGAAGAAGGACGACCCCCUCCGCAUUUUCGAGGGGUCGCCUGUGGAGAAGUUCUACCGCCCCGAAAGCGAGCGUCGUCCGGAAGACGGCAACACCAGCACCGAGAGCAUGAUGAAGUUCGACGGACCCGCACCCGAGACCAUCAACAGCCGGCUGGCCAUGUUGGGCAUCACGUGGGCCUUCGUUGCCGAGAUCCUGACCGGGCAAAGCGUGUGGGAGCAGGUGACGGAAGGGCGGGGCCUGAUUUGGUUCCUGUUCGUGGCGCCAAUUGUGAUCGGCGCCACGUUGAUCCCGAUGUACAACAAGGAGUCUCCAGACAGCCGCGAGAACGGCCCGUUCAACGCGCAGAAUGAGAGAUGGAACGGGCGAGCAGCGAUGAUCGGGUUGGUGGCUCUGCUGGUGACGGAGAACAUCUACCUGAAGGGGCCCCUACUUGGAUUCAUCCACAGCUCCCUGAACUUGUAAAUUAUGACCGACGUCGAAGACGACGCGGUCCCCUUGUACAUUGCUAGGAGUGAGUGAAGAUGUGAGAGUGUAUAUUUAGCGGAACCGGAGCCGGAACUGAAGCUGAAACCGAGGCUUCGGAUUGGGAGCAUCUGGGAUUUUGAGCUGAAGGCGACAGAAGGGACGAGGGUCAAUGUGCGCUUUCAGCCUUGUAAGAAUGUAAAUGUUGUAAUGGAAUUGAGCAACAGGGUUGAAAAUGA